AGAGAGCGGAGAGAAAGCGGGUUUGAAUAGUUAGAGCAACGGAAAUAUUGAAGAUUGUAAGACAGUUUUAUUUUAUUUAAAAUUUAAUUCUGGCCUUUUGGGUUUACUGUAAGGGACCUCGAAGCGUCGGAGCUUGGAAAGGACACGGGGCUGAAAGGAGCUUUGGUGGCUUUGUUUAGAGCGAGCUUGCCGGUAUUGGAGGUGAAGCGACCCCCCCCCCUCCUUUCAGUGCUUCAGUUAGCUUAGCUUAGCUUUCAGCUUAGCUAAGUGCUAAUCUUUACUCGUCAGCUUCGUUUACUGUCUGAACACUGAAUCUCUGAGUGGUUCAUGUGGACUGGACUUCUGAAGGGAAACCAUGGGCUUGACCGGGAAGAAAUCGGAGAAAGGCCCAGUGUGCUGGAGGAGGAGAGUGAAGUCCGAGUACAUGCGCUUGCGCCAGCUGAAACGCUUCAGACGAGCAGAUGAGGUUAAGAGCAUGUUCAACUCCAACAGACAGAAGAUUAUAGAGCGCACUGACAUUCUCAAUCAGGAGUGGAAACUGCGGCGGAUUCAGCCAGUGCACAUCAUGACACCCGUGAGCUCGUUACGUGGAACCAGAGAGUGCACGGUAGAUAGUGGCUUUGCGGAGUUCUCCAGACAAGUCAUUCCUCUUAAAACCCUGAAUGCUGUUGCUUCUGUGCCUGUGAUGUAUUCCUGGUCACCACUUCAACAAAAUUUUAUGGUUGAAGAUGAGACCGUUUUGCACAACAUUCCUUACAUGGGAGACGAGAUCCUGGACCAGGACGGCACUUUUAUCGAAGAACUUAUUAAAAACUAUGAUGGCAAAGUUCAUGGAGAUCGAGAAUGUGGCUUUAUAAAUGAUGAGAUCUUUGUGGAGUUGGUGAGUGCUCUCAAUCAGUACAGUGACAAUGAUGACGACGACGACGAAGAGGACCAGAAUGAUUACAAACUAGACAACUGUGACGCAAAAGACAUUGAAGAUUCUCGCAAGGACCCGCUUCUUAACUCCGAGAGUCGAAGCGGUGACUUUUCAAAAAAGUUCCCAUCUGAUAAAAUCUUUGAUGCCAUCUCCUCUAUGUUUCCUGAUAAAGGAUCACCAGAAGAACUCAAAGAAAAGUAUAAGGAGCUGACUGAGCAGCAGCUCCCAGGUACCCUUCCCCCCGAGUGCACGCCCAACAUUGACGGCCCAAAUGCCAAAUCAGUCCAGAGAGAACAAAGCCUGCAUUCCUUCCAUACGCUCUUCUGUAGGCGCUGCUUCAAGUAUGACUGCUUCCUUCACCCUUUUCAUGCAACUCCAAAUACAUACAAACGCAAGAACUUGGAGAACAUGGUGGACAGCAAGCCAUGCGGCAUUGAUUGCUACAUGUAUCUGGUUCAAGACGGCAUGGUGAAGGAGUAUGCAGCUGGCGUGGUGGCUGAGCGAGCGAAAACCCCGCUGAAACGUACGGCAGCCAGACGCAGAGGCAGAGUCGCCAACAGCAGCAGCAGACCAAGUACACCAACUGUGAACACCGAGACUAAAGACACAGACAGCGACCGAGAGGGAGGGACAGACACCAACGACAGUAACGAUAAAGACGAUGAGGACAAGAAGGACGAGACCACUAGCUCUUCAGAAGCGAAUUCCCGCUGCCAGACUCCAGUGAAACUGAAGAUCCCUGAUCCUCCCGAGAGCGUAGAUUGGAGCGGCGCAGAGGCCUCCCUUUUCCGCGUACUCAUCGGCACUUACUACGACAACUUCUGUGCCAUCGCUCGCCUCAUUGGCUCCAAGACCUGCAGACAGGUAUAUGAAUUCAGGGUAAAGGAGUCCAGCAUCAUUGCACGCGCACCUGCUGAAGAUGAAGACACACCUCCAAGAAAGAAGAAGAGGAAACACAGGUUGUGGGCCACACACUGUCGAAAAAUUCAACUAAAGAAAGAUGGCUCCUCCAAUCAUGUCUACAACUACCAGCCAUGUGACCACCCAAGGCAGCCAUGUGACAGCUCCUGCCCUUGUGUCACUGCUCAAAACUUCUGUGAGAAGUUCUGCCAGUGCAGCUCAGAGUGCCAGAACCGUUUCCCGGGCUGCCGCUGCAAGGCUCAGUGUAACACAAAGCAGUGUCCAUGUUACUUGGCUGUGCGCGAGUGUGACCCCGACCUCUGUCUCACCUGCGGAGCUGCUGAUCACUGGGACAGCAAAAAUGUCUCGUGCAAGAACUGCAGCAUUCAGAGAGGAGCCAAAAAGCACUUACUGUUGGCACCGUCUGACGUGGCAGGAUGGGGCAUCUUCAUCAAAGAGCCGGUUCAGAAGAACGAGUUCAUUUCCGAGUACUGUGGAGAGAUCAUCUCCCAGGACGAGGCUGACCGCAGAGGAAAGGUCUAUGACAAGUACAUGUGUAGUUUUUUGUUCAACCUUAACAACGAUUUUGUUGUUGAUGCAACGAGGAAAGGCAACAAGAUCAGGUUUGCCAAUCACUCUGUCAACCCCAACUGCUAUGCAAAAGUUAUGAUGGUUAAUGGGGAUCACCGAAUAGGCAUUUUCGCCAAGAGAGCCAUACAAACCGGGGAGGAGCUUUUCUUUGACUACAGAUACAGUCAAGCGGAUGCUCUCAAGUAUGUGGGCAUUGAACGUGAAAUGGAAAUUCCAUGAAUCCGUCUACCUCUGGAACAAAUGCCUUACACUCUUCAGGAAUUUUCUCUCCACAUGCCGUUUCAAUACUGGUUUUUAUAGGACAAGGUGAUCUGCCGAUUUGGAUAUUUCUAGUACUUUUUUACACUUCAGUCUUUCCUGUCAUUAUUUUUCUUGACCAACAGGCUUACUCUGGGAAUUCACUUUUUGACAGUAACUUGAAUAUUCACUUGUUUACAGCUUCAAGUUUAGCAGAGAUCUGUCACUGUCUAAUGGGCUGUUUUUGUUUUCCAGUGUUCCAAACUUUUUUUUAUUAUUAUUAUUAUUAUUUUAUUAUUAUUAUUUUUUUUUUUUUUUUAUUGCAAACAGUCAAUGUCUUUCAACCUUUGGACCAAACUGACAGUAAAUCGCAGGUUCAGAACCAGUUUAUUAGGUCAUAAACCUGUAUGGGCUGAUUUAUACUGGGUUUGCAAAACUGCAGACAUUAUGUGCAGAUAAUUGCACAUAUGAACACGUGCACCUGGAGUCAGUGGUGCGCAUCCAAACAAAAUACUGAUGUUUUGCUGUUUAGUGCUGUACUUUUAACAUUUGUGACUGUUAGCUCAAGUUCGUCUCUCAUUGCCUUCCAUUUAAAAAAAAAUUUUUUUUUUAAUCUAACCACAAGAGUUAGUUCGUUUUAUUUGUCACAGCAGCUAUAAACAGUACCACCAUCACCAACUUUAGGUAAUGAGACAAAAACACAGCUUGUCAUUACAGAAAAACUGUAACGUGCUCUGUUCUGAAGACCUUUUUAAAAAUAAAAAAAAACUACUGAUGGUCAUAAAGCGCUGGCACUGGAGACUUCGUCCAUAAAUGUUACAUUAAUGUCUCUUUACAGAAAACCUCAUGUUAAAGAUCAUAUGUCAAUUGUUAUCGACUGUUAUUGAAGCCAUGGCCUAAUGGUUAGGGAAGCAGCUUUGGGACCAAAAGGUCGCUGGUUUGAUUCCCUGAACCAGCAAGAAUGGCUGAAGUACCCUUGAGCAAGGGACCUGCUCCCCAGGCUGCUCUGGGUACGUCGUACGUCGCUCUGGAUAGGAGCGUCCGCUAAAUACCUGUAAUGUAAUUUAUGAAUGUUCGUUAUUAACUUGGACGAUGUGGAGACUUUGCCAAGCAAGUCACCGUUAAUGAGUCCUUACAAGAGAAAUGAUGACGCUUAUUAGAACAAGUGCAUAAAUCGAAAGCUGUGAUUUUGAAUUACAGCUGGUACUGCUCUCAGAGCUGCUGUUAUGGAAAUGUAACCGCUUCUGACCAAUCAGAUUCGAGAAUUCAACAGCCCUGUUGUACAAGUGCGUUUAACGUCAUAGAACUUCUGCUAAACGGUCCUCGAACUGCUCUGCUCUGCUUUGGGUUUUGUCCCAAUGCUACUACAUACACUUCCUUACUCGACCAGUCAGCAGUUGCCCGACUCCCAGAACUGUUGACUCGCACGAGUUAGUCAUCCUUUUCAAACUACACUUGACCCCUAAACCCUUUCUCACACAUGCGUUCAUCUAUCUUGAUGUAUCAGUAUAAAUCAGCCCUGCCUAAUAAACCGGAGUCUCGCUAUGCCACACCGGUCUUCAUCAAGUUGAGGUGUUUUUCUGAUCCAUAUGAAAACCAAAGUCACUUUCUCUGCUUGUCUGUCACCACAAGCAUCUGCAAGAGGUAUCAAGUACUUUCUGGAGUGCCAACACAUCCAGUUUCUGUAAAAUAAAUGAAAAAGUAAGUAUUUAAAAAGGAAAAAAAAAAAGACAAAAAAAACCAUGGAUAGAUAAAAUAUCUAACUUGCGGUGCCUUGAAAUUACACUGAAUUGUUUAGGUGUCCUGAAAUGUUGGUGAUUUGUGUAUUGAGUUUGUUGUAUGCAUGAACAAAGAUUUCAAAUGGAGUAGAAAUCAGAAUCAGGGAACUUUUCAAUGUUUUCUUUUUAUUAUAGAAAUCUCCACAUCUUUUGAGCAGCUUUUUGCCAGACCAUCACUGUAGGAUGGAAACGUUUUGGACAGUCAGUAAGGUCUUCCUGUCGUUAAAUAUUGGGUCAUCCAGCAUGUACUGGCAGUGUUUUUUUCGUUUUAUGUGUAAAAACCUAUAAACGGUCACAUAAUCAAGUGCACAAGUCAGUCGACAACUUUUUCCGAUGAAUUCAGUGGGUGCCCCCCCCCCCCCCCCCCCCUUUCUCUUUUCCACUUUGGAAGAAAUUGGCUUCCAUGUUUGACCCUGGAUUAAAGACUUAUUACACUGUAAAAUCAUUGAUUAUACAUAACUGAUGUAUUGAUCACCUUUACUUUAAAGCUAUAGUCAAGCCACCUUUCAGUGUUUCCUCCAGACCACAUGACUAAUCCAGAAUCCCUGAAUGCUAAGGCAGGGCAAGAGACAUUUCCUUGCCCUGAUAUUUUGAAUUCUAUCUGGUUUACAUCGUUUUAAUUUUUCCAGUGAGCUUUGAGGAAUCACUGAGACUUGCGUUUCUUCUCUCGUCAGUUAUAUACAGUACCAGUCAAAAGUUUGGACACCUACUCAUUCGUAGUUUUUUUUUUUUUUUGACUAUUUUUGACAUCAAAACUAUGGGGUAAACAAAGUCCUGAGAGAAAAAAAGUUUCAUAUUUUAGUUUCUCCAGCGUUCACCUUGACGCUUUACACACUAUUGUUAUUCUCUUAACCAGCUUCAUGAGGGAGUCACCUGGAAUGCUUCUCAAUUAACAGGUGCCUCGUCAAAAGUUAAUUAGUGCCAUUUCUUGCCGCCUUAAAGGAACAGUCCACCGUACUUCCAUAAUGAAAUAUGU